AUGUAUAACAUAUCGCAUAUCGUAUAUUGCAUAUCGCAUAUUGCAUAUUGCAUAUCGCAUAUUGCAUAUCGCAUAUCGCAUAUUGCAUAUCGCAUAUUGCAUAUUGCAUAUUGCAUAUCGCAUAUUGCAUAUUGCAUAUCGCAUAUUGCAUAUUGCAUAUCGCAUAUUGCAUAUCGCAUAUCGCAUAUCCCAUAUCGCUGCACCAUAUCGCUGCAUAUGGCAUAUCGCAUAUCACAUACCGCACGCAUAUCGCAUAUCGCAAAUUGCAUAUCGCUGCAUAUCGCAUAUUGCAUAUUGCAUAUCGCAUAUUGCAUAUCGCAUAUCGCAUAUCCCAUAUCGCUGCACCAUAUCGCUGCAUAUGGCAUAUCGCAUAUCACAUACCGCACGCAUAUCGCAUAUCGCAAAUUGCAUAUCGCUGCAUAUCGCAUAUCGCUGCAUAUCGCUGCAUAUUGCAUAUCGCAUAUACAUAUAUGCAUAUAUGCACAUAUAUGA